AUGGAGACGCAGACUGCAGUUUCAAGCUUUGCCGUAGAAUCUGGGGACAUGAGUUCUAAGUUUGAUGAUGAUGGACGCAAAAAACGAACUGGAACUUUGAUGACUGCAAGUGCACAUAUCAUAACAGCCGUUAUUGGGUCUGGAGUAUUGGCUCUAUCAUGGGCCCUUGCUCAAUUGGGAUGGAUUGCUGGGAUUAUUGCUCUCUUGAUUUUCUCACUCAUCACAUUGCUUACUUGUAUUCUACUCACUGACUGUUAUAGGUCCCCUGACCCAAUUACUGGGAGAAGAAAUUACAAUUACAUGGAGGCUGUAAAGAACAACUUAGGAGGAAUCAAGUACAAGCUUUGUGCAGUAUCUCAAUAUUCAAAUCUUGUCGGAAUAUCUAUUGGAUACACAAUCACUGCCGCUAUUAGCAUGGCGGCUGUCAAAAGAUCGAACUGCUUUCACAAGAAUGGUCAUGAGGCGGGAUGUCACACAUCAAACAGUUCCUAUAUGAUCAUUUUUGGGGUCAUUGAGAUUAUUCUGAGCCAAAUACCUAAUUUUCACGAGCUUGCAGGGCUCUCUUUCAUCGCUUCAGUCAUGUCCUUCACUUAUUCUUUGAUAGGCAUUGGACUCUCUAUUGCAAAAAUAGCAGAACGGAAAAAUGGUUCGACAAGCAUCGCUGGUGUGACUGUUGGAGUGGAUGUGACAAGAUCACAGAAAGUGUUUAACAGCUUACAGGCCCUUGGGAACAUUGCCUUAGCAUAUUUUUUCUCCAACGUCCUCAUUGAGAUACAGGAUACACUAAAAUCAAGCCCACCGGAGAAUCUAGUCAUGAAAAAAGCUAGUGUCAUUGGAGUCUCAAUUACCUCAGUCUUUUACUUGUUGUGUGGAGGUUUGGGCUAUGCAGCAUUCGGGAAUCUUGCACCUGGAAAUUUUCUAACAGGAUUUGGUUUUUACGAACCUUACUGGCUUGUUAACAUAGCUAAUAUUUGCAUUGUUGUCCAUCUUGUUGGAGCUUACCAGCUAUUCUCCCAGCCAGUAUACCAGCUUGUGGAAGAUUGGUGCAAAAGACGGCGGCCAGAGAGUGAUUUCAUAGUAAAAGAACAUCAAAUUGUCAUUCCAUUUGUUGGAAAUUUCAACAUAAAUUUCUUCCGGUGCAUAUGGAGAACAGUGUAUGUGAUAUUUACAACUGUGAUCGCAAUGCUAUUUCCAGUCUUCAACAGUGUUUUGGGUUUGAUUGGAGCUGCCUCAUUCUGGCCAUUGACAGUGUAUUUUCCAAUAGAGAUGUACAUUUCACAGGCUAAAAUCCGCAGUUUUUCUCUUAAAUGGUUCGGGCUGAAGACAUUGAGCUGGGUUUGCUUCAUUGUAACUAUUGUUGCUGCUGUUGCAUCCAUUCGAGGCAUUAUCAUCGAUCUCGGUCACUACAAGCCUUUCAAGUCUGUUUCCUAA